AUGAAGAAGUUUGUGGCAUUUUCCCUCUGUCUGGUCCUCUUGACCAUCUACACAGCAGGUAGGCUAAUUUUGAAGAGGUAAAUUGCCUUUAGAAAAAUGUAUUAAUUAACCUAUUGGUGACUGGUGAGUCUUUUGGAGGGUCUCUGAUAAAAAUGUAUCUUUGCAUUUUUUUCUAAAUAUUAAUGCAAUAGAAAUGUUGUUUUAAUAAAAUAUGAAUAUACCGUUGCUAAGCAGUAAUUAAUGCAGUAAUUUGUAUGCUCAAAUAAUUAAAUGGGUAAUGAAAAGUAAUUGCUGCAUAAUUCAACUUAAAAUAAAAAUGCAAUUCAGUCAUGCACAGAAAAGCAAAUAUUGUGUUGCCUCAUUGUAACUAGUAAAUAUGAAACUAAAUACAUUUCUUUUGUAUUAAGACAUUGCAUGAAAAUAUGAAAGCAAAAACACAAAAAAAUUCAUGUAAAACAAAUAUGACAGAGUUGUUUUAACUGCAUGCAUAUAGCUCAUUUCAAAUACUAUAUUGAUAUGCACCCUAUUACAAUAUCAUGUACUUCCAUUUUGAAGCUCUUAUCAAUGCAGUUUCAUAAUCAUUGCAAAAAGCCUGCAUGAGCUCUGGGUGUUGCUUUGCCACGUCGCUGUGUGUGCCUGGCGCUGUUGACAGAGCCAGCCAGAUCCAUUUUCAUACCCCCUCGCAGGUUGGCCUUUGGGGGUCACGUGCUCCGUGGGCCGCCCUGGCUCCCUGGGGAGUGGGGGAAAUGAAUGGGCACUUUGUUGCUCCACCAAAAAACAGCCUCCUAAUGGUAUUCUGCUGCUGCUGGGGGACAGACAGGGACAGAGCUCUAUGAGACCAGGGUUGCAUCUCAAAUAGCACCCUAUUCCCUAUAUAGUGCACUACUUUUGACCAGGGCCCAGUGCACUAUAUAGGGAAUAGGGUGCCAUUUGGGAUGCAGACCAGGGGCUGUUGAUUUGCACCCUCAGCCUGGUACAUUAGAGAGUAAACUGCUCAACAUGUACUAGCCAAACAAACAGAGGCCACAGCUUCUCCCCUAUAUCCUCCACACACUGGGUGUGUGAUGAGGGGGUUGUUGUUGAUGGUUCGAAAUCAAACGCAAGUUUCUCUUCCUGUUUAAUGGCUGCAACUGAAAUGGCAAGUCUGGAAAUGUAGGUUAAUGUCGUGUUUUGAGUUAUAAAAGUCAAGAGCAACCAGAGAGAUACAGGAGGAAAGAGUGGGUGACAAUAAAUGUCUGAUAUCAGGAAAAUUACAAGAAUAUUGUUUUUGGUAUAUUGUGCAGAGAGUACCCUAUGUCACUAAUGGUUGCAAUAUUUUUGUUUGAGAUAGAUGUAGCCAAAUGAAGGUUGACGUUCAUUGUCAUGAAUCUUGCCCUGUAGGCAGAACUGAGCGAUUUCCGCUAGAUGGGCCAGCUGCAAAGUCAAAAUUGUCUAUAUCAUAAAAAUGAAUGUCUUAAUUUAAGGUUAGGGUUAGCAGUGUGGUUAAGGUUAGGGUUAAGGUUAUGUUUAAAAUCAGAUAUUUUUUUGGUAUUUAUUAGGAUCCCCAUUAGCCGCUGCAAAAGCAUCAGCUACUCUUCCUGGGGUCCACAUGAAACAUGACAUAAUACAUAGUACAGAACAUUAUUAAUCAAGGACUGAAAUACAUCAAUUUAAAACAUCACACAUAGCCUACAUAUCAGUACAUACACACUAUAUCUAGGUCUAAUACAUAGUACAGUGCAAAUUACAAUACAAUAUACAGUGCAUUCGGAAAGUGUUCAGACCCCUUGACUUUUUCCACAUUUUGUUACGUUACAGCCUUAUUCUAAAAUGUAUUAAAUUUUUGUUUUUCACUCAUCAAUCUACACACAAUACCCCAUAAUGCCAAAGCAAAAACAUGUUUUUAUAAAUUUUUGCAAAAAAAAAAAAAAAAAAAAGGAAAUACUUUUACAUAAGUAUUCCGACCCUUUACUCAGUACUUUGUUGAAGCACCUUUGGCAGCGAUUACAGCCUCGAGUCUUCUUGGGUAUGACACUACAAGCUUGGCACACCUGUAUUUGGAGAGUUUCUCCCAUUCUUCCCUGCAGAUCAAGUUCUGUCAAUUUGGAUGGGGAGUGUUGCUGCACAGCUAUUUUCAGGUCUCUCCAGAGAUGUUCGAACGGGUUCAAGUCCGGGCUCUGGCUGGGCCACUCAAGGACAUUCAGAGACUUGUCCCGAAGCCACUCCUGCAUUGUCUUGGCUGUGUGCUUAGGGUCGUUGUCCUGUUGGAAGGUGAACCUUUCUCCCAGUCUGAGGUCCUGAGCGCUCUGGAGCAGAUUUUCAUCAAGGAUCUCUCUGUACUUUCCUCCGUUCAUCUUUCCCUCGAUCCUGACUAGUCUCCCAGUCCCUGCUGCUGAAAAACAUCCCCACAGCAUGAUGCUGCCACCACCAUGCUUCACCGUAGGGAUGGUGCCAGGUUUCCUCCAGACGAGACGCUUGGCAUUCACGGGAAAGAGUUCAAUCUUGGUUUCAUCAAACCAGAGAAUCUUUAGGUGGCUUUUGGCAAACUCCAAGCGGGCUAUCAUGUGCCUUUUACUGAGGAGUGGCUUCAAUCUGGCCACUCUAGAUUGAAGCCUGUCUCGGAGCUCUAGGGACAAUUCCUUUGACCUCAUGGCUUGGGUUUUUGCUCUGACAGUCAACUGUGGGACCUUAUAUAGACAGGUGUGUGCCUUUCCAAAUCAUGUCCAAUCAAUUGAAUUUACCACAGGUGGAUUCCAAUCAAGUUGUCGAAACAUCUCAAAGAUGAUAAAUGAAAACAGGAUGCACCUGAGCUCAAUUUCGAGUCUCAUAGCAAAGAGUCUGAAUACUUAUGUAAAUAAGGUAUUUCUGGGGGGUUUUAUUUAUACAUUUGCAAAAACUUCUAAAAACCUGUUUUUGCUUUGUCAUUAUGGGGUAUUGUGUGUAGAUUGCUGAGGAUGAUAAAAAAUUUGUGAAUAAGGCUGCAACUAAAAAAUGUGGAAAAAAUCAGACUUUCCGAAGGCACUGUAUAUAAAAUGGCUGUGUCACUUCACAGUUCCCUUUGUGCAGUAAGGUGUUCUUUUAUCUGUUUUUUGAAACUGGUUUUAUUGCUAGCUUGAGUUACCUGGGGUGGCAGAGAGUUCCAUAUAGUCAUGGCUCUAUUUAAUACUGUGUGUUUCCCAGCCUCUGUUCUGGACCUGGGGACUGUGAAGAGACCUCUGGUUGCAUGACUUGUGUUGUACAGAUCGGUGUUUCGAACUGUGUGCCAACUGCUUGAACAGACAGUUCAGUACCUUCAACACAUCAAUACCUUGCACAAAGACCAAUAGUGAUGCAGUCAAUCUCUCCUCAACUUUGAGCCAGGAGAGACUGACAUGCAUGUUACUGACACUUUCCCUCUGUGUACAUCUAAGUGCGAUACAUGCUGCUCUGUUCUGGAACAACUGAAAUGUACCUUUGUCCUUCUUUGCCGCAAAUGACCACACAUGUGGGCAAUAGUCCAGGUGCGACAAAACUAUGACUUUGUAUGACUUUGUGGCUGUGCCAGCUAGUGACCACUCUGCAGAGCUGCCUCCAGGGCAAAAUGUAUGACAAUAAAUGCCAACUUGCGUAGGCAAACAGUGAUGUUGCACAGUCAACUCUUUGAAAACGAAGGGAUAUUGAUGUCUUGAAAUGCUUUCUCUCUCUAUCGCCAGAUGCAAACCCAAUCAUCAAGGAGAGCUAUGCUAAGCAACUUCUGCGGACCAAGCGGCAGAAGCCCGGCCACCCCGAUGAGCCAAUGAGGGUAAGGUUCAAAGUGCAAAGGGCACAAUUAUAAACCUGCAGCGGUGUGCUCAUUCUUAUAAGAAUCCAUAAAAAAUUGUUCACUUAACGGUUACCCUGUAAUUUCUUCUGUUUUGAUAUGAUAAUGAGAGCCGCUUAUGGCUUGAUAAAUGAACAGCACUUUAGAUGAUAUGUAGUCAUACAAUGAAACUGCUUGUCAACUAUUUUUUUCCCAGGUCCGUUUCAUUCCAAAAAAAGAAAAAAGACCCCAUUCAUGGUUCUCUCACAUUCCCCCCCCCCCCUCUUGUGACUCUUGCCUCUUUGACUCUUGCCCCCCUCUCUCUCUCUCUCUCUCUCUCUCCCUCUCUCUCUCUCUCUCUCUCUCUCUCUCUCUCUCCCUGUACAGGAGCACUUGCUCCACAUGCAGGUUCUGGAUCAGAGGGCCCAGGAGACCAACCUGGAACACUGGCUGAACCCCCACUGCUACCCCCGCUGUGACAGGAACUAUGGACACCCUGUCUAA